GUAUAGCUAUUGAACUCCUAGGUUUUAAUCGUAUGGCGGGCGGCCAUGUGCGAGUGCCCACCGACGAAGAAGAGUGCCAUCACGAAGAGCUUCCAGCCUUCAAUGAGAAGUCAAGAUGCAGAAAGCGAGGGGCCUGUGGUGUAGUUCUUGGCCUCUUCUUUUUCCCUGUUUUAAUCAUCUUGAUCCUUUUGGGCACAUCCAGGCCAGAGGGUGCCGCAUUGAAAGCUUUCAUUAUGAAGAUCUCCUCCGACCGACUUCGCUCGUAUCUCGCACAACGGCAGCCACCUCGAGCGGCAGCCACAGGGCUUUGCACCAAUGGAAAGUUCAAGAAUGACCCGCGGAUCCGCAGGGAGUGGCGGGAGCUGGGCAACGAUGAGCUGAAGGCUGUGCAGGAGGCUUUUUGGCGCCUGAGAGGAUUCAAGCGUGUGGCCUCAGGGGGCAACAAGGCUGGAUUCGCACCCGACUCGGAGUGGAACACCACAUUGAAGGGUCAAGCAAAGUGUGCGGAGCUCAAUGAGGGAAUUCCAGCAGCAGCUCAAAAUCCAUAUUGUGGCUAUUUCACCAACUAUGAUGAGAUUGUAGCUUUGCACGCCUGCUCGGUGAAGGACCCACGCUGUGACCAAGGGCAUACUGGGCCGCACUUCAUGAACUUUCACCGGAUGGUGAUUCUGAAGAUGGAGCUGGCCUUGAUGGCGGCAGACACGAACCGUCCCAUCAAAGUGAAGGCCAUCCCUUACUGGGACCAAUCCUUGGACUCAGAAGAUCCGGUUGGCAGGUACCGGAACGAUCCAAACAAGUUCAUUUAUUCGGACAACUUCUUCGGAGACUUUUGGACGAAAGAGUCCGACCAGUAUGCUGUUGUCAAUGGGCUUUUUGCAGAGUGGCCAGUUUCUGUGUGGACUGAAGAGAGGUUUGGUCCAAACAGUGAGCUUGCGAACAGGACCGGCAGCAUGUGCAUUCGCUCAGGCUUCUUCCCGGGGACUGUAGCCACCAAGGACGACUGUGGUGAUGAUUACACCCCAACUCGAUGGUUCCGAGAUCAUGUGGAGUGCUCCCAGUAUGUCGCUCGACAGCCAAACGAUCCCAACGGUCCCCAAGCAUACUUCCGACUGGGCGGCCAUUAUGGAAUCGUCUAUUCCAAAGAGGAGUUCGAGGCUUGCUCCACCUAUCCAGAGAAUGUUCGAACCUGGAUGCAAUGGAAUACUUGUCAAGACCCCGGGCUUUUCUUUUGUGAUGUGCCUCGUGAUACUUUACUCCUUGGCCCAGUCAGGGCUCAGUUGCGAGAGGCAGUUGUCCCUGCGAUGAAGGCAAAGAUCAAAGAAGCCAUCAAGGAUCUUGAAGAAGCCCUCGAGGGUGGCACAUCCCCGCCUUUGCCCGAUGAAGAUGAUGCGAGUCAGACUCCGGAGCAACGCUUGGUUUUGGCCAAUGCCAUGGCGGCAUUUCUGUGGCAUUUGUCGACAAACCUUGAAGCUGAUGCAGACAGCCAGGCACUUUUGGAGAGCGUCAGCCAAGUUUGUGAUGACCCCAUGGUGUAUGGCUACUUCACAAAGCUGAAUUCACAGCGCAGCUGUCCAAGGAUGCAGCAUGGUCAAGCUCAUUUCAAAGCUGGAUGGGAUUUUCUUGAUGUUACGACUUCUGCCAAUGAUUGUGGUUCGUUCACCCAACAUGCAGAUGAAGAUCGCAGCAACAUGCGCUUCAUGUUGUUGAGCCUUUUGAAGAAUCCCAGCCUGGAAGAUAACUAUUGGCGUUAUCCUCAAACCCAAUUCGAUGUGCUUUCCAAUGGCAAAGCUCCCUAUGGCCUCUCAGGCCCCUUCACAACGGCAGGGCUGUUGACUUGUAACUCUGACUUCGAGACCUUCCCCUUCUACCGUUGGUUGGCAGGUGCGUGGACUCCUGGCACCUUGUUGCGGGACGUGGUCAAUUCAGGUUUUCCUUUCGUGGACCUGUUCAACAGUUCCUGCUCUGCAGAUGAAGAUUGCAGUGGCCGAAGCAAUGGCGGCUAUACGAACCAGGAAAUCAUGUAUUAUACCCACCCUAGUCGAACUCCAUACACCUACGACAGCUUGGCGCAGUAUUUUGAUCCAGACUGUGUUCCUUUGUAAAGAAGCUGUGCCUAGGAUUUUGUUCCGUGCCAACAAGAGCCGUAUUCUUUUGUAAGCAAGCCGUGCCAACAAGAGCCGUAUUCUUUUGUAAACAAGCCGUGCCUACAAGAGCCGUGCCGGAGAGCAUCGAUCGGAAAUCGUGAC